CAACCAGUUUAUGGUUAAUUGAAGGUGCAAUGCGAUCAGCUGUCUUGCAGCUGCCUAUCCCUGGCGGGGAGGAGUCCAGGUAGCCUCAGAAGCUGUCACUUGAAGGCUCAGCACUUCCUGCUCGUCCUCCUCGCUGCUCAGAGACUCAGGAGAGUGAUUUCCAGCUUCUUCUCUGCUGCCUGCGCCACUUCUUUCAUGUACCCUGUGAGCAGGAGCCACAUCUAUGCUGCCAAGGUUGUGCCGGGGUCUCUGUGUCUUCCUCCUCUGUCAGAUCUGCUCUGUGAAACCCGAUUCUGAAGAAACAUGCCAUAAAUUCACAGACCUGGAUUUACCCGAUGCCAUAGUCGGGACAGAUCUUCACGUGCAAUUGUUAUUAUACACCAGAGACAACGCAAACUGCUCAUCGGAUCUUAACAAGGAGAAUGCCACGGCUUUUAGGUAUCUGGAUGUGUCAAGGAAGACCAUUUUUAUCACCCAUGGAUACAGGCCGACCGGGUCUCCUCCUGUGUGGUUAGAUGAAAUUGUUCAGAAACUGCUCGCCGUCGAUGAUUUCAAUGUAAUCCUAGUUGACUGGAACCGAGGUGCCACCACACUGAUCUAUCACAAUGCCGCCGGGAAAACCAGGGAAGUGGCAGACAUAUUGAAAAGCCUCAUUGAUGAAAUGUUGAGCCAAGGGGGAUCACUGGACUCCAUCUACAUGAUAGGAGUCAGCCUUGGGGCGCACAUUUCCGGUAUUGUUGGGAAAAUGUACAAUGGUUCAAUUGGCCGAAUUACAGGACUGGAUCCUGCUGGACCUUUGUUCAACGGGAAACCCCCUGAAGAAAGAUUGCAUUAUACUGAUGCAAAGUUCGUAGAUGUCAUCCAUUCUGACAUUGAUGCUCUAGGCUAUCGGGAAAAUUUAGGACACAUUGAUUUCUACCCCAAUGGAGGAACUGAUCAGCCGGGUUGUCCAAAAACCAUAUUGUCAGGUUCUGAAUAUUUUAAGUGUGACCACCAGCGCUCCGUGUUUCUGUACAUAGCAUCCUUGACCGAGUCCUGUAGCGUUUUGACAUUUCCCUGUGAAAAUUACAGAGAUUAUAGAAUUGGAAAAUGUGUGGAUUGCCAGGAGUUUGCACCGCUCAGCUGCCCAGUUUUAGGUUUUUAUGCUGAUAAGUGGAAAGAUUAUCUGGUGGCGAAGAAUCCUCCAGUGACUAAAGCUUAUUUUGACACGGCUUCGAAGAAACCAUUUUGCAUAUUUCAUUAUUUCUUGGAGUUCAUCACAUUAAAUGCUGAACCACGUAGUGGAUACAUCACUAUCAAGCUUGAGUCUACAUCGGGAAAUGUUACAGAAUCAAAGCUUGACCAAGAUGCUAUCACAUAUGAACAAAAUAAAGAAGUUACCUUACUGGCCAAGUUUGAUAAUGAGCUUGAAGAGAUUUCAAAAGUUUCUUUAAUGUUUACCACCGGUUCCCUCAUUGGACCAAAACACAAACUGCGAGUUAUGAGGAUGAGACUGAGAUCUUCUUUCCAUCCUGACAGGGAAAUACUCUGCCGCUAUGACUUCGUCCUUCCUGAAAAUGUUGAAAUAGAUUUCAUGCCUGUUCCAUGUCAAAACUCCAAUAUUUUUUCCUCCUGUUGUGGAGCAAAUGGAGAUGAAUGCUCUGAAUGAGACAAUAUUGUUCCCCCUUCUACCCAAGAUGGUGAAUGCACUUUGACAGUAUUGACCAUCGUUAAAAGGAAGAUGGAAUCAGCCGUUGUAUUGAGCACCGGGAUGCAACACUAGCCUAACCCCGAAAUAAUGCAUUCCUUUAUGAAGGCUUGGAUAUUUUCAAGGACACUUGUGCCUUUGAGACUGCAGGAAUGGCAUGGAUUUAGUCAUUUUCUAUAUUGUUUAUUUGUAUAAAUAAUGUGAAUAUUAUGUGAUUUUUAUAAUAUAGAAAACUAAACUAUUUCAGCAAAUAUUCUAUUUUUGAUAUGAAUAAGUUAAUUGGAGUUAAUUUUUGCUUUCAGUGCAUAUUCACUGUCUGUCUGUCUCUCUCUCUCUCUCUCUAUCUAUCUAUCUAUCUAUCAAUCUAUCUAUAUGCGGCACCGGACAAACAAGCGUGGGGCAGGUGCUAUGUACCAGGGCAUGUGCUCAAUGCCCAAAUAUAAAAAACUAAAAUCGGACAGCACUCCAAAAACAACUAAAGAAGCUUAUUUUUGCCACAUGGGUGAAUAAAAUGUUAAUGGAUUGCUGUCCGAUUUUCAUGUUAUAUAUAAACUGGCUGAAAAAAAUAGCUUGAGGGGAGAUAUAUAUAUAUUUAGUAAAAAAAAAAUUCAGCCAGUUACCCAGACACAGGAUAUUGAGAAUUGUUUGUAUGGUGUCUACCUCUGCAUUUCAUUUCAUGAAUGUAUAUCGUAUGUGUAUAUGUUGUUUUUUUUAAGAAAAAGUUAAAACUGUUUUCUGUACAAACUUUUUUAUUUUAUUUUUUAUAUUUUUGUAAAAGAUUAGCACUGAUUAUCACUGUAUUUAGAAAAUUGCCAUGUGGGGAUUGGUUUUGGGCGAAAACCCACAACGUAAAAUUGACAUGCUGUGGAUUGCAAGUCAAGUUAUUGUAGGUGCAAAUUUCAUUACAGAAAUUUUAUGCAGUGCUUGAAUUAAACUUUGAAAAAAAUCUCUGCUGCUGCUGUAUUACACUGUAAUUUUUUAACAUAAUAUUCUGCUGUGAAAAAUUGAUAUUGCAGUGUUUUAUGCUCCGUGUGGCCGUAUCUUAAAAGCUCUGGUGUACGUGUCACUGACUGCAGUUGCGCUUAUGUUGUCAGAGCAUUACCAUGAACUAAUUGCAUUGUCAAUUUUUAUUUUGAUAUUGCCGCUUUACCCCCAAUGACUCAGAAAAAUCAAACUGGUGAUGAAACUCAUAGGCUUUGUGGAGGGUGUAGACAGCCUAAUGCAGAUCCGAUGGAUGCCUCUGUUAAUCUUGUUAUAUCCUCUACUCCAGGGAUGCCCAACCUGCGGCCCUCCAGCUGUUGCAAAACUACAACUCCCAGUAUGCCCAUACAUCCUUUAGCAGGGCAUGGUGGAAGUUGUAGUUUUACUCUUUAGUUUUUCUCUCUUCUUUCUUACUAUGAAGCUGUUAGAAAAAGGAAAAUCUGACCUAUACACAUCAAAAGAGGCUUAGGACAACUUCUGUAGAAUUGAGGUCUGGCUGCGGUUCACAUGUGUUACGUGAAGCCACUAAUGGGACACUGCACUUUCCAAUGCCACCACCACUCUAUUCACUAACACUGCAGAUAAUUCUGCUACAGUGAAAUACUGUAAUGGCAAAACUACAACUUAACACACACCUCUCAUUUCAGGUGACUUUUUACACAAAGCAUGUGUGCCAAUGAGUUUCAACAAUAUCUGGCCGUUAUAUGACUUGUAUCUGGCAAUUAUCACCAGGUUUCCCCCUCUGUAGUCUCUAUCUCUAAUUCUUAGUUUUCUCUGAACAAGUAGGUGUAGACUAGCUGCUUUUAUGUCUCCUAUACACUGCUCAGAGAAAAAGUAGAGAUCCUGCUAUCCUAUCUGUCUAUCGCAUACAUAGAAACAAUAAUAGCAGCAUGGAGGACGUUAUAGAUUUGUCUUUUUUUUUUUUUGUGAACAAUUAUUAAAAUUGUAUUUUUAUGUACAGGUUUAUUUUUUAUAUAAUUAUUUGUAAAAGAGCAUGAAUGUAUUAUCACUGAUCAUCACUGUAUUUGGAUAAUUGUAAUUGUGAUAAUAAAUGUAGAAAAAUGUA